GGCUCUAGAGCAAUAUCCAGCAUAAAGCAGACAGUAAAUAUUUGGAAUAGAAGAUGAACAAACCUAUAACACCAUCAACAUAUGUGCGCAGCCUCAAUGUUGGACUAAUUAGGAAACUGUCAGAUUUUAUUGAUCCUCAAGAAGGAUGGAAGAAGUUAGCUGUCGCUAUUAAAAAACCAUCUGGUGAUGAUAGAUACAAUCAGUUUCACAUAAGGAGAUUCGAAGCAUUACUUCAAACUGGAAAAAGUCCCACUUCUGAAUUACUAUUUGACUGGGGCACCACAAAUUGUACAGUUGGUGAUCUUGUGGAUCUUUUGGUCCAAAAUGAGUUGUUUGCUCCUGCGAGUCUUUUGCUCCCAGAUGCUGUUCCCAAAAUUGCUAAUACUCUGCCUUCUAAAGAAGCUGUAACAGUUCAGCAGAAACAGAUAUCUUUAUGCGGCAAAGAUAGGACAUCUGUGACACCUAUGCAGAAUCUUGAACAGAACUAUACGCCACCUGAUUCUUCAAGUUCAGAUAAUAAAAGUUUAGAAGUUAGUGAUACACGUUUUCACAGUUUUUCUUUUUAUGAAUUGAAGAGCAUCACAAAUAACUUUGAUGAAAGACCCAUUUCUGUUGGUGGUAAUAAAAUGGGAGAGGGAGGAUUUGGAGUUGUGUAUAAAGGCUACGUGAACAACAGAACUGUGGCAGUGAAGAAGCUUGCAGCAAUGGUUGACAUUAGUACUGAAGAACUGAAACAACAAUUUGAUCAAGAAAUAAAAGUAAUGGCAAAGUGUCAACAUGAAAACUUAGUAGAACUACUUGGUUUCUCGAGUGAUGGAGAUGACCUCUGCUUAGUAUAUGUUUACAUGCCCAAUGGUUCAUUGCUAGACAGACUGUCUUGCUCGGAUGGUACUCCACCACUUUCUUGGCACAUGAGAUGCAAGAUUGCUCAAGGUGCAGCUAAUGGCAUCAAUUUUCUACAUGAGAACCACCAUAUUCAUAGAGAUAUUAAAAGUGCAAAUAUCUUAUUGGAUGAAGCCUUUACUGCCAAAAUAUCUGACUUUGGGCUUGCACGGGCUUCUGAAAAGUUUUCCCAGACAGUCAUGACUAGCAGAAUUGUGGGAACAACAGCUUACAUGGCGCCUGAAGCUUUGCGAGGAGAAAUAACAUCCAAAUCUGACAUUUACAGCUUUGGUGUGGUUUUACUAGAAAUAAUAACUGGACUUCCAGCUGUGGAUGAACACCGCGAACCUCAAUUAUUGCUAGAUAUUAAAGAGGAAAUUGAAGAUGAAGAGAAAACAAUUGAAGAUUAUAUUGAUAUGAAGAUGACUGAUGCUGAUUCCACUUCAGUUGAAGCUAUGUACUCUGUUGCUAGUCAAUGUCUGCAUGAAAAAAAAAAUAAGAGACCAGACAUAAAGAAGGUUCAACAGCUGCUGCAAGAGAUUACAGCUUCUUAAAACUUUGGAAUAGACUCUUGACUUUUUAUGUAUAGCUAUCUAAGCCAUUUUUUAAACGAAUUCUUUUCUAAACAUUCUUCUUUACCUUUAACAAAGCAGGCUAGUAUAGCGCAGUGAUUAUUAAAGCAUGAGU